AAGAAGCAGGGGGAGGAGACGAAGAAGAAGGGGUGUGCGUACUGUGCUCUUUGCUGUGUCUUUCCACCGUUUUAAAAAUGGGCACUUUUUGAAGAACCCGUUUCAAAGUAUUGUGGAGAAGCGUCGUGUUAAAUCUAAUCGAUGAACGGCUUUUUGUCAGUUCUGACGAGGACAGCUGAGUGAUGUUGUUGGUGAGCUUGGAUUAAAUCAUCUCUAAACAAAGAACUUGUCCUCGUGGUGACUGACUUGGGGAGUGGAGGUCAGUGAGCCCAUUGUCUCUGCUGGUCCGACUCCAACUACAAAGCCGGCCCGCUCGCCCCCUCCUGAGUCUGAGAGGAGAUCCAGAGAGAAAGAAGUGAAAGCAGGCCGAAAACUCAGCACAUGGAUGAUAUCAGCCAAAAACAUCCAGCACCAGCAAGUAAAGAUGAGCCAGCGGCGAUCCCUGUGGAAAAGACUUUUCCCGCUAUGAAGCAGCCCAGAAGACGCAAGCGCGCCAACAGGGAGGACAGAAGCUUGAGCUGUGAUCAGUGUGGGAAGACCUUUACUCAGCUCGGUAGCUUAAAAUCACAUCAGCUUAUCCACACCGGUGUGAAACCAUUCAGCUGUGAUCAGUGUGGGAAGACCUUUACUCAGAUUGGUAGCUUAAAAAUACAUCAGCUGAUCCACACCGGUGUGAAACCAUUCAGCUGUGAUCAGUGUGGGAAGACCUUUACUCAGAUUGGUAGCUUAAAAAUACAUCAGCUGAUCCACACCGGUGUGAAACCAUUCAGCUGUGAUCAGUGUGGGAAGACCUUUAUUCAUAGCUGGAGCUUAAAAACACAUCAGGUCGUCCACACGAAAUUUAAAGCUUUCAACUGUGAUCAGUGUGGAAAGUCUUUUACUCAGAAAGGUCACUUAAAGAGACAUUAUAUGAUCCAUGUUGGAGGUAAAUCAUUUGUCUGUGAUCAGUGUGGAAAGUCUUUUCAGGAUAGAGAUCACUUAGAGAAACAUCAGGGCGUCCACAGUGAAGUUAAACCUUUCAGCUGUGAUCAGUGUGGAAAUUCUUUUACUGGGAUUGAUAGGUUAAAAAGACAUCAGCGCAUCCACAAUGGAGAGAAACCUUUCAGCUGUGAUCAGUGUGGAAAGUCUUUUACUCAGAUGUGUAAUUUAAAAGCACAUCAGCGCAUCCACAAUGGAGAGAAGUCUUUCAGCUGUGAGCAGUGUGGAAAAUCUUUUACUGAUAUUGGUUACCUAAAAAGACAUCAGCUCAUCCACUCUGGUACUAAACAAUUUGUAUGUGGUGACUGUGGAAAAUCUUUUAUUGAUAUUGGUCACCUAAAAAGACAUCAGCUCAUCCACUCUGGUACUAAACAAUUUGUAUGUGGUCACUGUGGAAAGGCUUUUUCUCGCAUGACUAGCUUAAACUCACAUCAGCUCAUCCACUCUGGAGUUAAAUCAUUUGUAUGUGGUCAGUGUGGAAAGUCUUUCAUCCAUAAUACAGAACUACUGAGGCAUCAAAAGACCCACAAAGUGUCCUCCUGUGAGAAAAGGACAAAAAGACAUCAGCUCAUCCAUCGUGGAGAUAAACCUUUCAACUGUGAACAGUCUUUUACUCUGAGAUGCAGCUUAAAAAAACAUCAGCUGAUCCACACCGGUGUGAAACCAUUCAGCUGUGAUCAGUGUGGGAUGUCUUUUACUCAGAUUGGUAGCUUGAAAUCACAUCAGCUGAUCCACAGCGGUGUGAAACCAUUCAGCUGUGAUCAGUGUGGAAAGACCUUUACUCAUAGAUCCAGCUUAAAAAAACAUCAGCUGAUCCACACCGGUGUGAAACCAUUCAGCUGUGAUCAGUGUGGAAAGUCUUUUACUCGGAGAUGCAUGUUAAAACAACAUCAGGUCAUCCACACGAAAUUUAAAGCUUUCAACUGUGAUCAGUGUGGAAAGACCUUUACUCGGAGAUGCAGCUUAAAACGACAUCAGGUCGUCCACUCUGGUACUAAACAAUUUGUAUGUGGUGACUGUGGAAAGUCUUUCUUCCAUAACAAAAAUCUGUUGAAGCAUCAAAAGACCCACAAAGUGUCCUCCUGUGAGAAAAGGCGCAGACCAAUGGGACAUUACCCUGUCAGGGUUCAUUUGAACACAGUGGGAGAAACAGGGGAUCUGAACAAAAGUUCUUCUGGAUGCUGCGUCAAACUUAAAAAGCUUGAGAUCAGGCUUCACAGAAUUCAGCUUUAAUUUCCUGAGAAAGUCAGAGCUUCACUAUGUCUUUGUAGAUCUAGUGAAAACAUGAAAGGGUCUAAAAAGAGGCACUGUGGUACUGCAUGAUGAAGUCAGAAGUGACAGAGAAGUAUGUGAGCGUGGUUCAGGACAUGUAUGUGUGGUAGCAGUGACUACCACACAUACUUGGGUUGAAGGUGGGGGGAGGAUUACAUCAAUUCUGAGCCCCUUCUUUCUUUUUCAAAGCGAGGGCAAUACUCAGGAAAGGAUGAUGACAAUAGAGCUGCAAGACAGGAUGGAAAGAAAAAGAGUUUAAAAGAAGAUCAUGAAUGUUGUGAAGCGAUUGAGCCGCGAUCACAAAAUCUUAGCUUAUGGAGUUAGUUAUCCCAAUACAAGUUUAGCAAGUUACACUUCACUGGCUGUGUCCACAAACAGCAUACAGAGCAAACAUUACUCCAUCAUCUGAUCACAAGAAAAGCAAAAUGUCAGAAGAGUUCACUUUCUGGGUCAAACUGUCAGACCUGUUACUGUUUAUUUGGCUGUUCAUCGUGAGGUAAUUAUCAGUGUCAGUGCUGUGCCACUUCUGUUGUAACUCACAUGAAAUGUGUUUUAAAUGGGCUCUAUUGUCUUACAAUAUUGUGUGCAGUGUUGGUCAAGUUACUUGAAAAAAGUAAUCAGUAACUAAUUACUGAUUACUUAAAACUUAAAGCAACAUUCUCUGACUGGAAGAAAUUUGUUUAACAUUUAAACCUAUUUUCUGCACA